UUUUAUUUCUGGAUCGACGACGACCGGCCAUUUCGCUAUAGCCACACGCGCACUCUUUAUAACCACAAUACAUAUUAUCAUAUUAUUAUAACAGUUUCCGUCACGAAAAUCUCGGCGUACUCCAAGAAAUCAUAAUAUUAAGACGUUCGCGCGCACACCGAUUUUUAACGAUAUAUACCUAUCAAUAUUAUUAUGUAGAAACAAUUUGUCACGUAGGUGACUAUUGGGUUUUCGGUUUUUAGUUAACGGGAAUCGCUAGUUGAUUUCGCAAACAUGUUGAUGGAUGUUGAUUUUGACGAUGAUACGCCGAACCGAUGCACCACACUCGUCUACUAUGCAUGGAAGAUAUUCACGUGCUUGUUCCUGCACGUGUUACUUGUCACCAUGGUCGUGCUGUAUUGUUUGCUCGGAGCCUUUGCUUUCGAACGUCUCGAAUCAGCGAACGAAAUUGAAGUGAAGAAUAGUAUUCGUGUCAUGAGGAUGAAUGUAACCACAGAUCUUUGGAAAUACACCAAAAAUUCAUUGGUUCUCCAACAAGAUAAUUUUACUACAAACGUAACAGCCCGGUUGCAGAAAUUUGAAGACGAUUUGAUUUACGCAAUUAAACGUAAAGGUUGGGACGGCGAAGAAGACACUAAAAUACAACAAUGGACUUUCACUGGGGCUUUAUUUUACUCAAUAAUUGUCAUCACAACUAUUGGUUACGGUCAUAUCGCCCCGAAAACCCUAAACGGAAAAAUAGCCACUAUAUUUUACGCGAUCGUCGGUAUACCGUUGAUGCUACUGUGCCUGUCAAAUAUCGGCGACAUAAUGGCGCAUUCCUUCAGGUUCCUCUAUUGGAAAGUAUGCUGUUACACGUGCACCAGGCGGCAGAGACGAGUACAGUCCCUGAGGAGGUCCCGCAGUCAAAGGUCCACUACAAGAUCACACGGCGGUUCCAGGACCACGUCACUAAAAAGAACGGGUCGAAUAUCACAGAGAUCCGCAGACAGCGCUCUUGGAAUGUCGGACUGUUACACCAGAUCUUCUUAUUCGGACACCGAAUGCAGGUAUUACGAUAAAAUGGAAAGAGAAUACGCCAUGUUCGGAGGCGGGAUGCCCGUUAAAGCCCCUAACCGAUAUUCACAGCAGUCCAGGUACUCUGAUACCGUACCGUUAAGAAGGCACUCCCCGGCCAUUAAGCCUAGAUCGACCAGUCAGAACAGUGGUCACCGAAAUAAUGCCAACCAUUAUUACCAAGGGCGAUAUCGAGUACAAGAUCCAAGUUAUUCCGACGGUGAUCAACUAGAUGGACCAGAACUGCAGCAAGUGCCAUCGAUUUUAUUUAACAAAUAUGCACUGGACAGGGAAGAAUCUAGAAGAAUUCAUCCGAAGCAAAGCCACGAGAUCCGCCGGAACAUCCGGGGUCACUCGGCCGCGCCGAAUUUAGCGACGGAAACGCCGUCCGGCACGUUGCGGACAAACAGCCGAAGCAAAACACCUCAGCAUCUGGUCGUGGACAUGCUGCCGAUGGACCAUCCCGACCAGGAUUACUACCCGAAACCGAAAUUCCGUUCAAGACAUCGGAAUUCCAAUCAGAGUAGGUCUCGAGAAGAAUUCUUGGGCGGCGGCGGCUGUGGCGGCGGUGGAGGCGGUAAGGGCAAACGCUUGGAAGUGAUGGCACCCAGCCCACGUAUCAUGUCGCCGCUGGGUUUCGCCGUGAACCGGCAGUACCCCCGGCGGUCGACCCGGUACAGCGACUACUACGACGACACGGAACCCUGUGAGUUCGACGACAACAACCCUGACCACAUCAAGCCUGUGCCCAUAUGGCUGUGCGUACUCCUGGUGGUCAGCUACAUAAUCAUGGGCGCAUUCCUGUUCAAGAGCUGGGAGAACUGGGAGUUCCCGGACUCGGCGUACUUCUGCUUCAUAACGCUCACCACCAUCGGGUUCGGUGACUUCGUGCCCGCCCAGCGGGUGAUGAACAAGGGUGACGACACCAAGCUGCGCAUAUGGUUCUGCUCGCUGUACCUGCUCUUCGGCAUCGCCCUGUUGGCCAUGAGCUUCAACCUCGUCCAGGAGGAGGUCAUCAGCAACGUCAAGACCGUGGCCCGGCACCUGGGCAUCAUCAAGGACGAGGACGAGGAGGAGUCCGAGUGACGCCGCGCGCGGCACUUGUUGAAUAACAGAAAAUAAUAAUAAUAAUAAUAUAAUAUCAUCGUCGAGUAUGUAGAAAUAACAAUAUAAUAAUUAUAUGUAGGUAGUUAUACGCAUAUAAUAUAGCAGGGGUGGCCACAACGAGGCCCGCGAGUCAGUUUCGUGCGGCUCUAAGAUAUUUCUAUAAAUAAAUAAAUGUUUAAUACAAUUUAAUAUUAUAAUAUAAUAUCAGGUAUUUAAUAUUUAACAUAUUUUAAUAUUGCUUCAUUUGUUAUAAAAUGAAAAAUGGUGUCUUCAUUUUAUAAACAUCUCUUAACAGUGUGGCUCGCCUCAUAUUAGCUUCAUAAUUUUGCGGCUCCCAAAAUUAAGAUUAGUGGCCACUCCUGCCACCCCUGUAAUAUAGGAACCGAAAACGUCGUGUUGUGACUUUCGCGUGAAUAUUGUUUUAAAUAAUAUGUUAUAUUACGAUGUUAUAAUUAUUGUGUUCUAUAGGUUGACAGUCUGCGCUCGUUUUGAAUAUUUUACCUGUCUUAGGUGAUUGAAGUGUGUAGACCGUUUUAAGAAACGUUUUAAUAACCGUGCCUAUGGUAAUUUUAUUGAUAGUCCGUUUGCGAAAACGAAAAAGACGAUAAAAAAGAUUUUCAAUUCCAACCGAAAUUUUAAAUUUAAAUAUUACUAUAUUCCUGGUGAUAAUAUAUGAUUUUUACAUUUACUUCAUUCCUACCAUAGAUGAACCAAUCGUUAUUUCAAUUAUUUUAUAUAAAACGACAUUUUAGCGAUCUGUACAUAAAAUAUUAUAAAAUAUAACGUACAAUAUUCUAUGUUUUACACUAUUCAAUUUCACGCGUAACUACACAAUUUGUAUUGCUAUUAAAUUGACUAUUAUAGACAUAUUAUAACUAAAAACAGUAUGUAUAAAACAUUAUUACGUUUUACGUGUGCAAACAGUCUAUCAAAUUACAGGUUAUUAAAAUGUGUACAAAAUGUGCGCUGACGGUUGUCACUAGCAGUCAUUAUACAGUAUAAAUACUCUUCCGUCGUUCAUCUGAGGGGUUGUGCGGGAAUCGCCUAUAUACAUUGUAUAUGUUGAUAGGUUUAUAAUAAUAUUUAUUUUAAUAUUAUAAUAUAUUAUAGAAAACGCGUUUUAAUAACUUUUAUUAUUAGCAAUAAUUAAUUCCUAUAUAUUAUGUAAAAUCGUUGGAAAUUUAACGGGUGAAAAUAGUAGAAAACCUUAUUCGUAUCCGACCGAAAGACGAAACUCCGUCGUCGUUAUGACCGUUUUCAGGUAACGAUAUUAUUAUUAUUAUUAUUAUUAGUGCGCGCGCAUCACCUUUUUGAUCUUCCAAAUUGAUCCGUCGUCCGUACAGUGCGGAUUUGCCCUCGAUCUAUAUAACGAUAAAUUCUUCACACCUGUUGACAAUAGAACAUAAAUUAUUAUACAAGGACCAUAUUAUUAUUAUUAUUGUUUUAAAAUACUUCCGACUGACUGUAUAAAUAUAUUUUGGAAAUAGUUCAAUUAUUAAUCGGUAUAUCCACGAUCUACCUACGUAUUAUUAAACGAUAGUUUUAAUUAAAAUUCGUAGCAAAUAUAGCGUUAUUUAUAAAAGCAACGUAACGAUAUUAAAUUUGCACCAAAUUAAAACUGACAUAGUGUAAACUUGACGUAGUUACUUUAUGCGCUAGAACUUCACUGUGUAUACAAGCCUGCAAAAGUGUAAUUUAGCUCCAGAGUACAUAAACGAAGAAAACGGGGUCACGAAUCUUUGAUAAGGAUCUGCUGCCGUUUAAAUCUCUAAAGCUAUCAACGUAAUGUGUUAUAGUGCAUUUCAAGUACCUAAUGGAGUAAUGAAGAUAUUGAUAAAAUUUUAUUAUAUAUUUAGAUAAUCUACAACGUAAAAUGGCGCAAAAAAUAAAAUACCAGCGAUUUUAUUUACCCAACAAACCAUUACCAAUUCUUUUUGUAAAAUAUUAAAUGUAUCUUUCCGACUGUUGGGUUUUUUUCUGAAUAGGCUUCGGAGUCAACACGACUUCUGUCAUUCUAUCCAUAACAAUUUAAUCAUUUCGAUUUUAGACGAUUACAUUUAAGUGCCUGUAUUUAUAUUUUAUUUUAUGAAGGGGAAUCUAAAAAUAUUGCAAUAACACCAUCUUAAAUAAUAUAUAUUGAUGUAAAUAUUAAUGUCUCGAAAAUCAAGUUUCGUUUUCACAUACAAUUUUGAAUAAAUUUAACCGUACAUAUUUUAUUAAAAAUAAAAAUAUGAAACAUUUUUAUUGAAAAUUACAAUUAUAUUAAAUACUAAAUUCAAAUAUCCUCAUUAUAAUAUUAUUAUUAUAUUCAUAUUUACUUGGAAUAUGGAAAGUACCUUCCAAGUAUUACAUUAGUAAAAUAUUACCUAGUUAAUCUAUUUAUUUUUAUUUUACAGACGUCUAUAUGUCUAAUAAGUACUAACAUUAAGCUAUUGAAUGAGUAUUACGAUUUUAUUAUUACAUUUCAUUCUUAGAUAGGUACUUGUGUUCGUAAUAUUCUUACAAUUUUAUUUGUAUUUUAUUUUGUCAUUUAAUACUAAAAACUCCCGAGAGAAAUGUUUCACUACAAAUAUGUUUUUUGUAUAACAUUUUUAUAAUUGCAUUUAUUAUGUUUCGAAUUAAUUUUAGUUUACUAAUCAUAGUAAUAAGUUUAAUUAAAAAUAUUUUUAAUUAUGAAAGACAUUCAAAAUAAUUAGUAAUUGAAAUUUAUAUAAUUAAGGAAACUGAUUGUAACUUUAUUAGAUUGCAUAAAUAUUAUUUAUUACAUUUUUAUAUGGCUUAAAAUCUAUAAGGAACAGCUGUUCAGUCAAUUUAUAAUAGCCCUCAACAAUCUUAAACGUUUAUUUAAGUUUUAAAAAAAUAUAUAUUUAUAAGUUGUUUCAAUAUCAUUGCACUCUCAAAAUGCCGACUUUACAUUUUUUUAUGAAUGACUUAAAAUAAAUCAAUUUUAUUUUCAAGUGAACUUUAACGAUUAGUUUAGAAUAAGAUACUUGUAUUAAUAAUUUCAUGUUAAAUAGAUUAUACUGGUAUAUUUUUUUUUUGUGUUCUGUUUUUUUUAGAGUGUUCCAAUGAUAAAAAAAUGUUUGUUAAGUAUUUUACUCUGCUUUUUAUUGUUCUUAUCACUACGACUUUAAAGUAGUUUGAAGUAUAGACAUUUAUUUAUUCAUCUUUUAAAGGUAUAGGUAUUAGGUACACUAUACAUUAUUUAAAUUGCAUGUCUACAGACGUAAAUGCACAUAAAAAGAACUUUUAAAAACUAUAAUAUGAUUGUGUGCUCGUUAAAGUAGAAAUUAUUAUUAUCUUUGAAAACCUUUUUUUCAACAAUAAUGAUUUCAUAACCUAGCCAGUAAUUUAGUGAUAUUAUUAUAAACAAUAGGUACUUUUCGUUUAGAAUUAAUAUUCAAGAAUAUUAUAUCCAUCCUUUUUUUUUUAUUUCGAGACUUGCGUUGAUAUUUAUCAUAUUAAUAUAU